UCUCGUUUUGCAUUUCGACUUAUUCCGCCAGCAACAGAUGCCCCUGAGCGCGGCUCUCGUGAAUGGCAGUAUCGAAAAAUUGCUGGAAAUUACGCCAUCGAGCCUUAUCAUUGCGACACUUACUAUCCGCAGUCUCACGCAUUUUUUAACAGGCGCCCAGAGUUCCUGGCGUCCUUUCCACCAGUUCAUCACUGCUGAGGACGUUGCUGCGGGGAGAGCAGAAGAAGCUAAGGAAAGAACUAGACUUGCCCUUCUCGCCGGAAAGGAUCCUAAUGCAUUCGAAACCCCCGUCGAGAGGCCUGUUGAAGUUGCGGAAGCUACCGAAUUGACUGCACUUCUUCAGAAUACCGUUCCUUCUCGCCGUGACUGGCGAAAUAUCACGCUCGCUGCUGUUGGCUUCGUCCAGACGUUGUCGCGAACAGCCAUUCUUGUUAACACCAUUACUAAGGCUAUUAACGUCCGGUCGGAUCUUAUUUUGCUUUCUCCGAUGCUGUUGCUUGUUGCCUGGAUAUACGGCUUGCUUUUGCCCGUCGCACGACCGGUCUCGACUACUCCUUACACUCUGCUUCUCAUUUAUGUCGCAUCUAUCCUAUCCGAUUUCUCUGUGUUCUAUUCAGCGACGUCAGACAGUUUUGAUUCGAUGUCAUGGAACCAACAAACUAGGCUUGUCGCGCAUAUCAUCGAUUUCAUCCUCACAUGGAUUUGCAUUGCUAUUGCAGUCUCUUUCCCAAUGCAUCUCAAUGGGAAGCCAGAGGUGGAUGAAGAAGGUCUUAAACCAGCUUUGGAUGACUAUGUCAAUCUUUGGCAGUGGGUGACAUUCAGUUGGAUAAGCCCUUUCGUUUCUGUUGGCAGGAAGGAUACAGUGGAAGAGAACGAUGUGUGGCAACUCAGUCAUCUCCUGAGGUCUCGAAUCUUAAUGACCAAAUUCCGUCACUUUCAUCGUAAAUCUCUUCUACGACGUAUCGUCGCAGCCAACUUCCUGGACCUCUUCCUAGACUUCGUACUUUCGAUUGUAUCGUCUACUUUGGGUAUCCUCCAACCGUACCUAUUGAACUUAACACUGGCUGCUCUUCAAGCUGAUGAGGUUUCCACCAAUUCCUUCCCAUUUCACCAAGUUGCACUUGCGAUUCCUUCUACCAUAUACGCAUUACCGUCCGGUAUCCAUUCCACAAUCUCCAUGGUCAUAGCUCCUAUUGCCAGCGACUUCCCGGCCCACAUCUCGUUUACACCCGUCUCCAAGAAUCGCCAACUCGCUUACUUUUAUGCUAUCGUUGCCUUCCUCUCUCAGCUGGUCAAAACACAGAGUGAUCUUCAGCAUCUUUACUAUUCUCGUCGUGCUGCAACAAGAACUUAUGGAGAGCUUGUCGGUAGUAUUUAUGAAAAAGCACUUGUGAGGACGGAUAUCACGGGUGUUGUUGCAUCUGAUCAGAAAGGAAAGGAUGGAAAGCUUGCGGACGGGAAAGAUGCCCGAGACGAGGCCGUCGCGAGCGCUGACGUGGGGAAAAUUGUGUCGCUAAUUGCGACUGACUCACAACAAUGUUCGAAUGUCUUGAAUUUUAUGUCGCGGUGUUAUGAAGUUCCGAUUAAUAUGGUCGGUUCUUGCAUUUUAUUGCAAUCUUUGAUGGGAUGGACGGCAUUCGUUGGAUUCUUUACUUUCCUUCUUGCCCUCCCUGUGAAUUACAUCCUCAUGAAAACGAUGUUCAAAUUGCGCAAGACACUUUUGGAUGUGCGUGACAAGCGAAUGAGGGAAAUGAACCAGGCAAUCCAGGCUGUAAAAUUCCUCAAAUUUUUCGCGUGGGAGGCCAAGUGGAUGGAAAGAAUUAUGGAUGCGCGUAAGCGAGAAGUGUUCUGGCUGCGCAAGUCCAAAAUCUUGCAAUUCGUUUUGGCUUUCUUGUGGGAUGUGAUCCCGCUUAUUGUUUGCGUCAUCAGCUUCACCUUCUUCGUCCUUGUCGCCCAUGGCGAGCUGACAGUUGCCAUUGCCUUCCCUGCUCUCCAAGCUCUAUCAAUCCUUACACAAAGUUUGACCAUGAUCCCGAUGCUGGCGCAGUGGUUUGUUUCUACAUACGCAUCGUACGUUCGCAUCGACAAAUAUCUAAACGAAGACGAAGUCCCAGAUUGGGUUUCUUGGCAAUCGGCAGCCCGUACUCAGGAGUAUGAUCCUAAAGCGCCCUUUGAUGAUCGUGUCGGUUUCGAAGAUGGCUUCUUCAGAUGGACAUCCCCUAACCAGGGAGAAAUGAGAGCUUCGAAACCUUCAUUUUUCAGUCGCUUUAGGAGCCUCUUUAAGCGUGCUCACAAGACUAAUGAUGCAGCCGUUGCGGUGGCGGACGACGUCGAUGGAGAGGAGCCGCCGAAAGACUUCGAGCUUAGGGACUUGAACACCUUUUUUAAGCGUGGCCAACUAAAUCUCGUUUGUGGACCUACUGGCUCCGGGAAGAGCUCUUUGCUUUCUGCAUUGUUAGGAGAGAUGCAGUUGAGUUCAGGGAGGGUAUUUUUGCCAAAAACCCCAGCUAGAAUCGAUCCAGAGACAGGAAUGCGUGAGGACGUUAGCUACUGUGCUCAACAGCCCUGGCUUCAACACCAAUCCAUUAGGGACAACAUAUUGUUUGGGUUGGCUUAUGAUGAGGAGCGUUAUGAAGCUGUGAUCAGGGCAUGUGCCUUGACGACUGAUCUCGCUCUGUUGGAUGAUGGAGAUGCUACCGAAAUUGGAGAAAAGGGCGUGUCCUUGAGUGGUGGACAGAAGGCCCGCGUAGCUCUCGCUCGCGCCGUGUAUGCGCGCAGCAAGACCGUGAUCUUGGAUGAUGUCUUGAGUGCCGUUGAUUCCCAUACCGCUGAAAGACUUAUUCAUGAGUGCCUUUGUGGUCCGCUUCUUGCCCAUCGCACCAUCAUCAUUGUUACACACCAUGUGGAUCUUAUUGCCGAUCUGGCGGCAUGGGUUGUGCAACUCGAGGAUGGUGUGGUGGCUGCUCAGGGUACUCCGGAAGAUCUCAGAAACCAAGGGUUGCUGUCUGGGAUUCGGGAGAAGUUGAAGAGGCAAGCGGAACCUGAGGCGACGAUGAGCGUACCUGCCGCGAAUGAUGGCAUUGGUAAAGAUGGGCCGGAGAUGAAGAAAAGUUUGAGGAAUGAAGCAAGAAGGAAACUUGUUGAGAAGGAGGAGAAGGCGGAGGGACGUGUCGAGUUUAGAAUCUACCACAUCUAUCUAAAGGCAUCAUCGUACUGGCUGAUGUCACUCGGAGUUUUUCUGUUCCUUCUUAGAGCUUGCGGCGAAGUUUCCCAAAAGUUCUGGAUACGAUUUUGGGGCGAGAGCUACUAUCGUGAGGAGGGUACAAACGCAGGUUUUCCUCGUUUUCCUCGGCCUCAGGAUGACGUUCUCCCAUAUUUGCUUGGCUAUAUUGGUUUAGAGGUUGUUACUGCCGCCUUUUCUAUUUGUGCCAACAUUCCAAGCAUCUUCUCUUCGCUCCGUGCUUCCCGCCGACUGUACCGGACAAUGCUUGUUUCUGUUCUCCGUGCUCCAAGUCGUUGGUUUGACAAGACACCAUCGGGUCGAAUCCUGAAUAGAUUCAGCAAAGAUAUUGAUACUAUCGAUGGUGGUCUGCAGUCUUACAUGACCGUCGUGAUUGAGUCAGUCCUCCAACUUCUACUGAGUAUCCUCACUAUCCUAUGGGGAAUUCCAAUAUUUGUUGCUCCGCUGGCGGUCAUCAGCGGGCUCAUGUAUUGGUUCACGUUGGGUUACAUUUCCGUCUCACGCGACUUACGGCGUAUUGAGUCGAACACUCGUUCACCGAUCAUAGCAUCAUUCUCCGAACUAAUUAAUGGCAUUUCCACUGUGAGGGCCUUUGGAGCGGAACGAUUCUUUGUUAACAAUGUCUAUACUCGCUUGGACCGCACCCAGGCAGCGAACUAUUACUGUAAGAUGUGUAAUCGCUGGUUAUUGUUCCGCUUUGACUCUCUUGGGGCGUGUAUCACACUUGCAGCUAGCUUAAUUGCUAUUUCUACAAACAUCUCCUCUGGUAUGGUCGGUAUUGUAAUAUCUCAAGCACAAACCGUCAUUUGGGGAAUCUAUUGGCUUCUUCGCUUCUAUACUGAAAUGGAGCAGGCGCUCAACUCUGUGGAACGUGUCAGCGAAUACAUGGAUUUACCAUCUGAACCACCUGCUAUUCUGGAAAGUAACCGACCACCGGCGUACUGGCCAUCAAGCACCGGAGGAGUUUCUGUUGAGAAUCUCGUUUUGAAGUAUUCACCCGAACUGGACCCUGUGCUCAAGAACAUUUCAUUUGAGAUCAGGCCCACGGAGAAGAUCGGUGUUGUUGGUAGAACAGGUAGUGGGAAGAGUACACUUGCCCUUGCAUUCUUCCGUUUCGUCGAUCCUGAACAAGGAAAGAUCGUUAUCGACGGGGUUGACAUUACCAGCAUUGGGCUGGAGGACCUGCGUUCCCGUAUGACAAUCAUUCCUCAAGAUGCCGUUCUAUUUGCUGGAACGAUUCGAGAGAAUCUUGAUCCUUUCAACGAACACUCAGACGAAGAUUGCUUGGAUGCUCUGCGGAGGGUUCAACUUCGAACUUCGGCCUCGGCCGGCUCGACAGCUGUUUCCUCGGCUGCCAAUACUCGUCCAGGGACUCCUAGCGCCGACAGUGGAUCGGCAAUAGGGGAAUCUGGUGUUGGCACAUUUGUUGACAAGGGCACAAAAACUAUCAUCACCUUGGAUACAAAAGUCAGCGAAGGCGGUAAUAACUUUAGCAGUGGACAACGUCAGCUCAUUGCCAUGGCACGAGCUUUACUUCGACGCAGCACAUUUGUUGUAAUGGACGAGAGUACUGCCUCCGUAGACUUUGCCACGGAUGUCAAAAUCCAAGAGGCAAUCCGCGAAGAGUUCAAAGACAGCAUACUGAUCACUAUCGCUCAUCGUUUGCGCACAGUUAUAGAUUAUGAUCGCAUUAUGGUCAUGGAUGCAGGUCAAAUUGCCGAAUUUGACAGCCCCAAAAACCUGCUGAAAAAUGAGAAUGGGAUAUUCUACUCAAUGUGUAAGAAGACCGGCGAUUUUGAAGAACUGCAAGCAGCAGCGGAAAAGCGAGCUGAUUGAUCUGGAAAAACCAUGUAUAUAUUUGAGACAAUCCGACAGGCCUUCAUUCGGUG